CUUAACUAAAAAAUGUUAAUAGUUGUGUUAAUUUUACAAUUAUAACUUUCCUAAUUAAAAGUCCAGCGUUUGUGUUUCGUUGAAACGAACAGGGUUCACAUAUAACUUGAAGUUGAACCAAUUUGGAUAUGUCAGUUUUGGAUUUUGACAUGUAAAUAUUGGACAAACGAAUACAAUGGCAGUUGAACCUGGAAACAUCACACAACAUACUUUGCCAGAGUCAGGUAUCCAAGAAAGCCUAGUUAAAGAUGAACUAAAAGAGAGUGAAAAGGAAGUAAACCAGUCUGUACUGCCUGCAGUAAACCAGUCUGUGCCUGAAGUUAACCAAUCUUUGCCUGAAGUUAACCAGUCUGUACUGCCUGUAGGGAUUCAGCUGCCAACUAUUAAUGAGGAACUUGCUAAAAUAUUCCCAGAAUCAGCCCACAAGUUUCUUCAAAAAAAGUCCUCUGGCAAGAGAGGAAGACCGAGAAAAUACCCAAUAAAACCUGAACAGAAAAUCUCAAACAGGGGGAGAGGUAGGCCAAAAAAGGUUGUUGAUGAAACUACACAAAUGUCUGCCCAACCUGCAUUAUUUAAAAAAUUAGGAAAAAGGGGCCGCCCAAGGAAACAUGUAGAAUCUGUAGCUAAUUGUCAAGAAAAGAAAAUGAAUGUUAAAGAGAGUCAUACAGAAGGCCAGCAGAAAGACCAAACUCUUGAGAGUAAUAUGGAGAGAGAGAAAUUGAGAAAGAGACCUAGAUUGUCAUAUGUUGAUACCUACAUAGAGGAUUAUGAAGAUGAAGAAAGUGAAGAUGAUGAUGAAGAAGGAGAUGAUAAGAAGCAUGAAGAAUGUAAUGAGGAGAAAAGAGGUUAUAUUAAGCAUAAAGGAAAGAAUGAUGAGCAGGGAAGUGAGAUUAAGCAUGAGGAUUGUAAUGAUGAGAAGGGAGGUAAAAUUGAGCAUAAAGAAAGUAAUGAUGAGCAAGAUGAAGAUAAGGUUGAAGAAGAAAGUAAUGAUGAUGUGUCAGAAGCAAGUUGUGAAACAUCCAAUUCUGAGUGUGACAGUAGUGAUGAGUCAGAAUCAGGUUUCGAGUCAGACAACCCAGCCUGUCCUCAAGGGAACAAACAAAAAAGAAGAAAAAUAAUGGACUGUCUAGAUGAGGAGCUGCCAACGUAUCGUAUUAUGAAGGAAUCUGAAGGGAACCAGGCAGGUCUAUCAAGAUACCAGAUAUUAAAGGUACGACUGUUGAAGUUCCACGCUACAAAAGGUAGAGGACGACCUCGGAACAAAAUUAAGAUUGCUGGGAGCAAGAGGGGUAGAGGUCGACCAAGAAAAAAUGAAAUGAAGACUAGAACAUUGAAGGUAAGCCUAGAUCGCCUCCCUGAACUCAGUAUUUACAGCAAGCCUAGAAGUGCGAAAUGUCCGCAGGACCAAGGUCAAUCCUUGUCUUUAUCUGGGAGUAAAGAUGUUAAGCGGAAGCGAGGUAGACCGCCAAAGUCUCGGCCAGAAGUUGAGACUGAUGUGACCAGUGGCCAUAUAUCAUCGCAGGAACCCUCAUGCUCAGGUUACACAUCCGUGAAAUAUGAGGACAACAGUUCAUCUCAAAAUGAAUCCAGUUGUAGUCAGACAUGUGAUGAGUCUGAGUCAAAAAAAGAAAGAAAGAAGAGAAAAAGAAAGAAAGAUUUUAUUUCACAGAUGACCAGUGUAUCUGUCAGCAUUCAGAGGUUGGAGACUGUAUUUAACUUGAAGUCACUGGAAGAUGCUCAGAAUAUCAGAGUAAAGCAAGAAGAGAACGGUCUGUAUGAGAAAAAUGACAAUGAAGAAGUUUGUGAAAGACAGGAAGCUGAAAGUAUUGGUAUAGUACAAGAUAUUAAUGAUACUUUAGCAGAGACAGCUGAUAAAAAAUUAAACCAUCUGACAGAUAAGCCAGGUUGUGAAGCUGACAUGCUCAAUGCUCAAAAUGAUGAGAACAUGGCAAAGACUGUUAAAGAUAGGGUUAAAGACACAGCACAUUUUGCUGAUGACAAACUGCCAGGGACUUCACAAAGUGUUGAGAAUACACAAACAGUUAACGCUCACGAGGCUGAAAAUAAAUUGAUGAACAAAGUAAAUAAACACAAGGAUAGAUUGAUGGACAAAGUACAGAAACACGAGGAUAGAUUAAUGGACAAAGUACAGGAACACAAGGAUAGAUUAAUGGACAAAGUACUUGAGCACGAGGAUAAUUUGAUGGACAAUAUACAUAAGCACGAGGAUAGAUUGAUGGACAAAGUACAGGAACACGAAGAUAGUUUGAUGGACAAAGCACAGAAGCAAGAGAAUAGAUUGAUGAAUGAAGCACAAAAUCAUGAGGAUAGAUUGGAGGACAGUGAACUGAAAACGGAGGACAGAAUGUUUGAUACUGCACAGAAUGCAGAGGAUAGACUGACAGACACACAGAACUACUAUCUAAACCAGGAGGUUGUUUGUCCAAUGUUAUCUUUGAAGAGAAGAGGAAGACCACCGAAGCCUGAUUAUCUAAAAACAACAAAGAAAUUGGAUAGGCCUUUAGAAAACCAUCAUAUAAAGAAAGGGAGAGGUAGACCUAGAAAAGAACCAACAGAUCCACCUUAUACAUGUACUCAGAUUACGAUGAUCAAUGAACACCCCUCAGGCAAAGCACGUGGACGGCCAAAAGGCAGAAAGAAUAAACAACUUGAGUAUGAGAAACUUAUAGAAGAUAUUGAGAACAAGGAAGAAGUAAACAAAGGUAAACUUGAGGAAAGCACAAAAGCCGAUUUUAACAGUCAUUACAAAGCAGAAAUCUCAAAGUCGCAUAAUAAAAUGCCAAAGUGUACAUCAUCAAAAUGGUGUCCAUCUGCAAAUAACAUGAAGAAACACACAAAAAAUGUUUCAAGUGAGAUAAAUAAUUAUUUUGAUGACCUUGACGAUGAGUCGUACACACUUAGUCCAAGAGAUAUUUUUGAGGACAAUGAAACUGACAUAGAUGAUGAAGGAAAAAUUAUAAAACAAGACCAGUCUGUGUCUCAGUUAGUUGAGACUGGUUAUAAGAAUUUCACCUCAGAUCCACUUCCUGUUGUAACUGAUCUAAAAACAAAGGACUGUGAUCAGCUCCUUGUUGGGAAUGGUCCUAAAAGACAAAAACUUGAGAAACCUUCAGUAAACACUACAUUGAAAACAUUGAAAUCUUACAAACCACCAUAUGUGAGAGUGUCAGAAUUAAAGCCACAUAAAAUUGCAUCUCAACACUGUUCAGAUGAUUAUAUAUCUGAAAGACAUAAUGAAAGAAACCAGUCAAAUUCAGUGCCAGAGUUAAAACAAGAUUACCAAACCAGUCCAGAAAAAAAGCCUCGUAACUGCAAUUCAUUGACACAGUCUACUUGUAAUACAAAAGAUUUUAAUGCUGAUACUAUAAAUAAAUCUUCUGCUCCUGGAAGAUCAGCAAAAUCUGAAGCUUCUAUAGACACAGAUCAAUCUAUGAAUAUUUAUCAGGACAAAUUUGGCAUGAGUCAGCAGAAUUUUUCAGGUGGCAUGCUUGAUUUUCAAGCACCUGCUGAUCCAGAUUUUAUAGAUGACGAUUACCUCCUAGCAUUCUAGUUCUUAUAUCACUGUAGUUAUAUGGUUAUAUAAUCUUUAAUAUAAUCAUGGUUGAAACAACAGUAAAGUGAUUAUAUUACCUUAAAAAUGGUUGAUUCACCUGUAUGUAAGCUUAAACAAAUUAGUUUUUAAAGCUUUUGAACUAAUUUCAGUUACAUAUUCAAAUAUGUUAUAAAAACUAAAGUGACUGUAUUACCAUUCAGUGGUUUGUAUUUUAAGUUGUUGUAUUACCUCACCAUGUUUAUAUCACCUUCCAAAUUGUUUGUAUCACCAUUUAAGUGGUUAUGUUAACUGUAAAGUGGUUGUUUCACCUGUAAGUGGUGAAAUGGUAUUUAAGAUAUUAGAAUGAACCUUUGUAUCCGGUAAAGUGGUUUUUAGUUAGGCCAAAAAUAGCUGGCUUAUACAUGUACCUCGGUAAACUUUAUAAGGUUACACUAUGUACUAUCACCAUCAAAGGGAUCUGAUAUCUAUAUAGUUCAAUUUAAAGUAUGAACCAACAGGUUUUGGACCAACAUAUUGUUUUAUAUCCAAUAUCUUUUGCCAAGCAGAAAACAUGUAUUUUUUGGAGUGGCAGACUUAACCAAUUCUCACUAAACUUAUAAACUCAUCAUUUUUAGCCUGUAUAUACUACUUGUCUUUUGCUUUGGUGUAUUUUAGGAACCAAUCUUUUUUUGGCCAAACAUAUGGCAAAACUAACUUGUAAACUAAUCUUUGUUGGCCAAACUUCUUUAUUAAAAAUUACUGUUAGGUUACUGCCAUGUUUUGUGUAGCAGAUUAUUUGACUGCUUAGCACUUUAAAGAUAGAAAUAAUACCAUAGAUGUUACACUGCUCUAUUUCAGUGAAAAGGGAUUUAAAAUAUACAUUUUUUAUAUUAUUAUAUUGUUAGACAUUGUAAGAUAUUGUGGUGAAUUUGUUUCUAACAGAAGAAAAGUUGAAUUCCUGUAAAUAUUUGAGUUACUGAUUUUUUUCUCAUUCUUUUAUGAUAUUGAGAUAUAUUGAUGAAAGAAAAUGUGCAUUUUCAAUAUUCGUAUUUUCAUUGCAAAAAUUUAUUUUUCACUGCAGUGAAACAUAUUUUCCGCAUUUUCACUGGUGUCUUGCCUUAAUUCAGCCAAUUUACAAAAGAAAAGGAGAAGUCUUAAGAAUUGUAAGUUCAAACUGGAAAGAAAGUACAUGUAUAUAACAAAUAAAUAUUCAAGUUUUCCUAAAAUACAUGAUUAAAUUUCAUCUUGUGUUAUGAAAAUUAUCAAAUUUCACUUGUGGCUAACGCCACUCUGGGAAAUAUUUAUUUUCAUACCACUCAAUGAAAAUAAAUCAUGUAUUUAUAAAAAAACUAUAACCCAUUCACUGGCAGAGCUUUAAAUUUAUGAUUACAGGUUAUUUAUGUUGUAUGUAGGACAUAGCUGAGACCUACAUUAAAGCACUAUAAAAGAUAGGUUCUUAUUUUUCAGUUUCUGGAUGUAGAAAUACAUUUUAUAAAACAUACUCCUUUAUUGAAGAAAAUGAAUGAAUUUGAGAUAAAAAUUAUGAUAACAAAUAAAUAAAUUAAAAUACCAAUAUUGUAGUCAAAUACAAGGUUCUGUGAAUGGGACAGAUAUUUAUUUAUCUUGUAGGCAAAAUUAACGAGUCUCUAAAUUCUAGUCAUUCAUUGGUCUGUUUCCAAUUUGUGUUCAAUUAGAAUAAACAGUGUGUAUUUUUAUAUUUGAUGGCAUUGUACUUUGUGCGUAGUAUACUGUAUAUAAGUUAUUGUAAUUAAUACACCUUGUUUUUUUUCUUCUUUAUUGUACAAAUGAAAAUGUGUGUUUAAAUCUGAAUUAAGUUCUUCAUUAUGUUGUUCACAUCAGAGUGUAAGUUAAUAUUGUUAGACAUUUAAUUUGAAACUAAGAGCUACAGUGUUAAUACAGUCAUAAGGAUGUUGACGUUACUGAUGCCGUUGCCAUCUAAAACUUUAUUUUUGGUCAUUUUUUUAUCAAUGGGUUGCCUACCCUACUUGGACUAAACAACCAUUUAAACACAACUUUCAACUUGACCAAACUGAACUUGACCUUCACCCACAAGAUUACUUGACCUUGAAGUUCAAAUUAUUGAAUUUUGUUUGGUUUCUGCUAUAAUUCGCUAUAGCUUUGGUAUUUUUGAAUGGAUUGUCUUCAUACUUGAGUACAAAUACUGUUAAGACAAUAUCGUAAAGAAGAUAAAACUGAAUAUAACCUUGACUUAUAAAUGACUAACCUUGAAUGUCAAAUUAUUGCAAGUUCACUUUUUUGUGUUAUAUUUGACUGUGACUUUGCAAGUAAAGAAUUGUCUUCAUAUUUGGGCACACUAAUCCAUGUUACGAAGUUUAAGUUGACCUUGACCUUAAUUUGACCAUAACACUAAAGGUCAAAUAAGAAAAGUUUGAUACAAUUGGCCACAACUCGAUUAUUUCCACGUAUUUGAUAUAUACUUAGACAAAAGAACACUUAUAACAAAGCUGGCAUUGAACAUAUAGAUAAAAUUUUGAUUUGAUAUUUGUUAGAUUGUCAAGGUCAAGCUGUUUAAAUUUGUUUAAAUUGUCAUAACUUUGCUAUUUAUUUGCUGACUUAAUUUAUACUUGGCCAAAAUAACACAUAUCUGGAAACUGACAUGUUGAAUUAUUCUCAUAUGAGCUUGACCUUUAAUUGACCUUGACUGUCAAUGUCAACUUAUUGAAGUUUGCUUAAAUUGUCAUAAUUUUGUUAUUUGCUCACAUAAUUGAUUUUUAUGAAGAACAUGUAUGACGAAACUGACAUGUUGAAUUAUUCUGCCAUGACCUUGACCUUUAAUUGAACUUUAUCCCUCUAGGUCAGAUUAUUGAAAUUAGCUUUAAUUGUCAUAACAUAGUUUUGAUUCAUACUUAGACAAAAGAAUGCUUAUGUCAAAACUAAAAAUGAUGAAUCAAAUGUAACCUUGAUCUUUGACUGACCUUAACCAUCAAGGUCAAAUGUUAAAUUUAUAUUUUAUUUUGUUUAAAAGAAAGUAUGUUUUCUAUGAUUAUUUUAUACUUCAAUAUUCUUCCUGUGUUGUGUUUGACUCUAGAAUCAAGGAAAAGGCGACCAUUGCACCAGCUUGGAAAUGUCUCUUGUAAUUCUCUUUGAAAAAAUCCCACUUGUCUACAAUUUGUUUUCUUAAAUGUAGGUCAUUUCCAGAUAUUUCACAAGAGCAAAAAUCAAGACUUGGUGGCAUCAGCAUAAAACUUCAUAGGGGAUAGGUCCUCUUUCUCUAGAGAAAGUUAUAUAAUCAAUUAAAACGCAUAGAACUUAAAUUUUAUUUUAGCUUCUUUUACAGUUUUGACUAUGUCAUUUAAAUUUAUUUUGAAGGUAUCAAAUGUGUAUAUAUUGUUUAGUUAAUAUUAUAUUUUAGUUAUUAAAUUUAUGGUAAAAUUGUUGUUCAGAAAUCCAGUUACAUGUUUAUGAUAUAAAAGUUUUCAAAAAUA